GAGCGUAGUCUCGCGAGAGUUGGUGGUCCGGGCCACCAUGGCGGCCGGGCGGCGGGGAGGCCGCGGCCGGGCGGAGGCCCGCACCAGCCUGACGGCCUUCGUGCUGGGGGGCUCCGUGGCCGCCGUGCCGCUGCUGGGCUUCCAGGGCCGGGCCGCGCUGGCGCUCCACGCAGCCGGAGCCAACGCCGCCCUCCUCUUGGCCUGGGGGCGGGGCCCCGGAGGAGGGGGCAUGUACCAGAUCGCCAUCAGGGCUUGUUUCCUGGGCUUCGCCUUCGGCUGCGGUUUGUUGCUCAGCUUUGGGCAAUCGACCUGGAAGCAUUUCGGAUGGUAUAUGUGCUCCUUGUCCCUCUUCCAUUAUUCGGAGUACUUAGUGACCGCCGUGAACAACCCCAGAAGCCUCUCGCUGGACUCCUUCCUGCUCAACCACAGCUUUGAGUACAACGUGGCUGCUAUCUCUUCCUGGUUGGAGUUUACGGUGGAGAAAUUCAUUUUCCCAGAAAUGAAGCAGAUCACUUGGCUGAGUUCGGCCGGGCUGCUGAUGGUGGUCUUUGGGGAGGGUCUGCGGAAGGCAGCGAUGCUCACCGCCGGCUCCAACUUCAACCACAUCGUCCAGAAUGAGAAGUCGGAGACCCACACACUGGUGACCAGAGGCGUCUAUGGGUGGUUCCGUCACCCGUCGUACGUCGGAUGGUUUUACUGGAGCAUUGGGACCCAGGUAUUGUUAUGCAAUCCGAUCUGCGCGGUGGGCUAUACUCUGGCAUCUUGGCGCUUUUUCCGAGAGCGGAUCGAAGAAGAGGAGAUGACGCUGAUCCAUUUCUUUGGGGAAGAGUACCUGGCCUAUAAGAGGAGGGUGCCCACAGGACUGCCGUUCAUCUCUGGGGUCAGAGUGGAACUAUGAGAGCCUGGCACGCUCUUCUGAGCAGGGCAGCAUGGGAGAUCCUGGCUCCGGGCGCCGUUUGGACUGGUCUAUGCAGAGUCGUGGUGCCGUGUGCUGCACCGGUACAGUAGUGGUCAGUUUUAAUCCGUAGCAGAGAAUUCUCUGGAGGCUUGCAAGGGCUAGGCAGCAGCUCGAGAUCCCAGCUGGCUCUUGUUGAAAACCAGAAGCUCUGCCUUGGUGGAAGCAGGGGAGAAGGGCUGGAUGAUGGGAGCUGCACUCCAUUAGGGCUGAGAUACAUACCUAUACAAUACAUAGCUGGCCUGGCUCUUGCAGCUCUGAUGGAUUGAAAGGGGCUGCUCCAGAACAGGCUUGCGCCGCUUCAGGUCGCCACUGUCUUCCCCCGCAACGAAGCGGCUUGGAUGCAAACGCACUCCCCAAAAGAAUCCUUUUUGAUCUUUUCUUUCUUUGAAGCAAACACAGCCAGUUUUAACUUCUCUGGCCACUUUCUCCAAGUCCUUUGGGUGCAAAGCAUUCUCCCAAGGCUGAGGGCUGGAGGGGAGCGACUUCUUUUAAAAUGCAUGAAAGUUUUGAGCACCAAGAAAAGAAAGAAUGAAUGAAUGUUCAUCACUGAUAUUGGCAGCACAAGCAAAAGAACUUCCUUCCAGCAAGAGGGAGAAUUUUAGAACCUCUUUUUUCUAAACUACAUAAAGCUGGGCUUGUGUGAAACUGCACUCAUGAGCUGAAAUGUAAGUCUUUAGUUAAAUGUCACAUCCACCAAACUUUUUUUUAAAUUCGUUUUUGCUAUCCUGUUCCUUGAUCUCAGCCUCAUUAAUUCAUCCCACAUAACGACCCUUCCCUAGCCAACCUUAAAUUCUGCAUUUUAAUUUAAGGCCAAUAUCUUGUUUCUGUACAUUGCAAGCAGAGAGUUCUCUUUGAUUUUUGCACACUCCUGUUAUGGCUAAAAGGUGGACCAGCACAACUUGGGCAAGAUUUCUUUAGCAGAAGGGUAGGAAACCUUUGACUUUUUUAGAUACUUUGGGACUCAAUUCCCAUCAGCUUUGCUGCGCAUGGCCAGUUCUAAAAGGGAGUUUGGGAGUUGUAGUCCAAAAUAUCAAGAAGGGCUAAAGAUUAUCAACAAUGACUUAUAGAUCUAAACAGAUCCCCUCCCCUUUCUUUUAGAUGUCACGAUGUGCACAUUUUCCUUCAUGUCUGUAUACCAAAGAUAAUCUCACCACAUUCUCAUUCGAGUGAUCUGGUUUUUAGAUGCUUGCUGAGCAUGGCCAAGUUGGAGCAGAAGCUGGUCUGAUAGAAAAGGGCCCGUUUGGGGGAAGAUUGCAGUUGAACAUAACUCUGUGCUCCUUAAAUUUUACAGCAGCAAGACUGAACAUCACAUUAAAGCACAAAACUCAGAUCAGGUUUUGUGAAUCAAAACCGCCGUGCUUCAUUUUCUUGGGGUUUUUUUUCCUUCUCAGGUUUAUUAUUUCUCUUAGUUAUUAUCCUGUGCCAUCUAGAAUGUCAGUUAAAAAUGUUUCUUGGUGAGGAACGUGGAGCCACUUGGAGGCUAGGCUUGAGUGCACUUUUUUAUCAUUAUCAAUAAAAAGAGCAAAAUACCCAUGUAAUAGUGUACGCUCAUUCUCUCUCACUCACACUCACAAAGCUGGGCUAUAAAUCUGUGUAUUACACAGUUUGCUUAGUUCCUCCCAUUUUGCUGCAGUGCUGCAGGUCUCACCUUUUGUGAAAUUUCUCUGACAAAGAAGCAGUGGAGCCGACAGAUCCAGCCCUUGCUAUUUCAUUACGCUGGAUAGAUAACACGAGAGGUGCCCUGACCUUAAUUCUUUAUAAUCUAAUGCAAAGCUGGGUUAAUUUUAGCAGGAUAACCAGGGAACAGGUGGAGGUGGGGAGGACGCACAGGACCUGUGCAAAUCAGUUUCUUGGCAGCUCUCCGAAGCAGGGAGCUUCCUUUGAGAAGCUCUGUGUGGCUGAAAGACCCUCCAAGCCGGGCCUUGGGUGUCCAGGGACAUUUCGGGUCCCUGUUUCAGCUUGAACUGCAGGGAGACUUCCACUAAAACACAUCCUCUGAUGAAUUGGAGCAUUGCUACGUCUCUAGCCCUGCAUUGUCUCCUUUGAUAGGAUGGUGAUGCUUGAGGGCUCGGAUAGGCAGAAAAAGGAGGCCUUUUUGAUUCAGGUUGUCUGGUAAUUUCCUUUCUGUACAGGGAGCACCAGAAGUCAAGGCCGUGGGGGGAACCGUCGGGUCUUCCCUGUUGAAAAGCCACCUGGCAUUUACUCUCAUCUCCAGAAUUGUCUUUGCAGCCUCGGUUGAUGGGGGAACCUUUAAUACGCUUGUCCUGGAAAUCCCACUUAACUUCAGCUAGUGAAUGGUAACCCCUGUGAUUGCAGACAAGGUGGGCAACUGGGGAAGGCCCCUUUCCCAAGAAUCUUUGGAGGAUCAUACCCACCAUUUGCACCCCAACACACAAAAAUAUCCAGGGGCAGCUGUGUUGGCCGUUUAACAAAUGCUAACAAAAACCCAUCAGUGAGACCUUUAUUGGCCAACCGAAAUGCACAGUAUACUUGCCGCAAGCUUUCGAAGCUCCAUGGGCUUCUCCAUCAG